AUGGAAAUAUUUCUCAAAUUACCCAAGGAAAUAUUAUCAUUAAUUUUCAGUAAUAUCAAGGAUAAAUCUAUAAUCAAAAGCUUACUAUAUAUUCCAGGUUUACAACAUAUUGCAUUAGAAAGAAAGUAUCCAAAAUAUGAAAUAAAUGAAGAUCAAAACAAUUCAGUUGAAUCAUUAAUAGAGCUUCUUCAACUGUUUGAAUUUAUACCUCCGAUAAUCAUUGGGAAUGUAAAACAAAUCAAUCAACUAGUAAAAGAACCAAGAUUCAAAUUAGUCAAUUAUGAGGUUAAGAUCUUAGAAAGUACUACAUUUGCUGAUCUAGUCUCGAUUCUAAAUGAAGUUUACAUUGUUGGUGUAGAUUUGGAUCAAUAUUUAGAACAUCUUGCUGGACAUGUCAAAAACGAAGAAAUUAAAUCAUUCCUAAAUUUGGUUGAAAGUACCUUCUUCCAAUCUUUGACAACAUCUCAUUUUGAUAUAUUCACAAUUCAAUUUCCUAAAUCUUUGAAGCAGCUAACAUUGGAUAAAGGUCAUAAUAUUAAGUUGGAUAUGAGCGAUCUAAAUCAUCUUGAGUCAUUUGAUUGCAAAAAACUCUGCAAGAUGAGUUCAUUAGAUAAUCUUCAGCUCCCGUUGUCCAUCAAAAGUCUUGGACUUUAUUCUUGUGAUUUUACAACUUUAGGUGAUUUAUCCAAAUAUAACAAUCUAAAAUUACUUCAUGUAUCUUGCUGUCCUGAGCUUUAUCACAUAGGUUAUACAUCGUUCCCCAUUUCAUUGAAAACUAUGAAUUUCAUCAGCAAUUUCCAUAAAAAUAGAAUAGACCAGUUGUUAGAAGAAGGCCCAUUUCAUGUUCCUUACUUAUCACAAGCAAGUGAACUGUUUCGUAUUGGUGAUGAGUUUCAGUUCCCGCCAAACUUGAAGAGUUUGAAGAUUUGCGAUAGUAGGCAUACCCUAGAUGUAGUAAGUAUUCUGAUUCGGACGUCACUUGAUAUUUUGGAAGUAAACGGUGUCGGCUUUCUUAGAUUAGACGUCGUUUUUGCCAGUUUACCCGAGAAAAUGUCCAAAAUCAUCAUCACAAAUUGUUACAUUAUGGCACAAGGUUACGUUGAAUUUCCAGAGCUGGAUAAGAUUAAUCUUACAAACAAUGAAAUAUGGUCUGAUUUGUUCGAUUCAAAUUUGAGUCAAUUAAAAUCGUUGAAAGUGUUGGAUAUGUCAGACAAUUAUGCCUUUGGCCCAGAGCGAAUUGAUCCGUUGGUGCUUUUAACUGAUUUAGAAGAAAAUGUAUCUUUCAAUUCAACAAGUUUGCAAAACUUAAUUUUAAAAAGCUCAAUGCCAAUGGAUCAUAAACGAUCUUCAUCUUUUCAAGUUUCAUUUAAAUGUAAAAAUUUGACCAAAUUGAAAUUAAUAAAUUUAGGUAUUGAUUCAUUGGAUCUUGAUCAGUUUCCAAAUUCAUUAGAGGAAUUGAUCGUCAAUAAUUUGAAAUUAGAAACUAUGCAAGGAAAUUUCUCCAAUUUAAAUAAUUUAAAAAAAUUGGAUUUACAAAAUAAUCAGAUAACUUUUUCAAUGUUGAGUUUUCAAAAAUUUCCACCAAAUUUAACGCAUUUGAAUUUAUCAAAUAAUAAAAUUGAAGAUUUAAGUUGUUUGGAUUUAAGUAAUUGUAUUGAUUUGAGAAAUUUAAAAUUGAGAAAAGUAACAUCAAGAGAUAAACGAAGUGGUUCGACUCGAUUAAGGAAAUUAUUUUUGAAUCUUGAUACCAAUUUUUAUGCAAUUUUAACAAACUAUGAUUCAGACGUGAUUUUAAAAUUUGUUAAUGGAGUUGAAGAAAGUUCGGCUAGGUAUAAAAAAAGAAGAAUUAGUUAA